AUCUCUAAAAUGGUGCCCCACUUUUUCCCCUUAGAUCUGUGACUUUGGCCUUGCCCGUGUUGCAGAUCCGGAUCAUGAUCACACAGGGUUCUUGACAGAGUACGUAGCCACACGUUGGUACAGAGCUCCAGAAAUCAUGUUGAAUUCCAAGGGUUAUACCAAGUCCAUUGAUAUUUGGUCUGUGGGCUGCAUCCUGGCAGAGAUGCUCUCCAACAGGCCUAUCUUCCCAGGGAAGCAUUACCUUGACCAGCUGAAUCACAUCCUGGGUAUUCUUGGAUCUCCAUCACAGGAAGAUCUGAAUUGUAUAAUAAAUUUAAAAGCCAGAAACUACUUGCUUUCUCUUCCGCACAAAAAUAAGGUGCCGUGGAACAGGCUGUUCCCAAAUGCUGACUCCAAAGCUCUGGACUUACUGGAUAAAAUGUUGACAUUUAACCCUCACAAGAGGAUUGAAGUUGAACAGGCUCUGGCCCACCCUUACCUGGAGCAGUAUUAUGACCCAAGUGAUGAGCCCAUUGCUGAAGCACCAUUCAAGUUUGACAUGGAAUUGGAUGACUUACCUAAGGAGAAGCUCAAAGAACUCAUUUUUGAAGAGACUGCUAGAUUCCAGCCAGGAUACAGAUCUUAAAUUGGUCAGGACAAGGGCUCAGAGGACUGGACGUGCUCGGAUGUCGGUGUUCCUCCCAGUUCUUGACCCCUGUCCUGUCUCCGGCCCGUCUCAGCUUACCCACUCUGACCCUUUGAGCCGCUCGGAGGGGCACUUUCUGGUAGUAGUGGCUUUUAUACUUUCUCAGAACCCCUUCAUGCAGAGAUGUCUUCUGGCACCAGGCUGCGGCGGUGUGCGCCUUCGGUGCGCGGCUGCGUACUGUUGCUUAGUCACUAACCACUUUCUGGUUUGAAAGAUGCAGUGGUUCCUCCCUCUCCUGAAUCCCUUCUACUUGUCAUCCUGCUGAACCAUGCAGCCUCACCAGAGCGAGCGUCUGGCUCCAGUUGCUGGCAUCUCGCUUCACAGUAAGGAAUGCUGUUACGUAAGGCACUUGAAGUCAGUGACAGCCCAGAGUUUGCACUUCUUCUGUUGACUUGGAACGGUCUACCCAGAGCAGGAGCUUGUGGACAUCCCUGGUGGUGUUGCAGGCUGCAGGGGAGGUGCUUUGUCACGGGAGUCCUUUGGGGGCAUUUUUCUGUGUAUCAUGUUAGUCCCAUAUUUAAGGUGUGUGCUAUUUGCCCAGCUUCUAAAAAAUUUGAUCAUUAUUCUAGAAAGGAAGCAUUGGACCAGCAAUGUUACUUUGCGGGUUUCCUAUAGUUACUUCUAUUGUAAUGGAGGUGUAGCACUUGCCAAAAUGUUACAUGCUGUCCUUAGCCAGAGAUUUAAAGGAACAGCUGUGCUUGUCAUUUGCUGCAAGAUGUACAAGCACUAAGCUGUAGAAGUUCUGAUGAAGUAGAGCAAGCUGACCUAGAUGUCAGGGCGGAGCUCCGUAUAUACUUGGAGCUGUUUCACACAGAAAGCUGUAUUGUAACCACAUUCACUGCCUGGGAUUUAGCUAAGAGGAACACUGCGUCUCUAAAUAAGAAAGUGUAUAGUUCUUCUCCUACAGCAUGUCAGCAUCUCAAGCUCGCUUUUCAGCGGUAUAAUGACUUGUAAUAAAGCCUUCAUGAGCUCUCAUCAUGAAGCUCUGUUCUGUUGCCAAGUAUUGAGGUGUUUCUGGUUCUGCUGAGUUAAUGUCAUAAAAGGCUAGCAGUAACCGUGUUCAA